AUGCUGCUGCUGCCUGCGGUGGCAGGCUCCGGCCCCGACGCCGCGCCGACGGCGCUCGUGCUCUACGACGGCGGCGCGCUCGCCUCAUACGACCUCGGGGGGACAGCUAAUCGAGGAGCGCGCCUCGCCGCGGAGCUCGCCGUCGCGCCGCUGGUCGCCAUGCUGCUGCUCUGGGCCGACUUCCGCACCGAGUACCCGCGGGGCAGCCGCUCGAGCCUCCUCGGGGAGCUCCCCUUCACGGACCUGCGGGCAGACUCCCCGCCAGCCACGGUGGAGGCGGCUUCUGUGUCGGCCUCUUUUGCUCUCGCAGGGGACGCGUCUCAACGAGGCGCAUUGCCCGCCGGGCAUGGCGAGCUGUAUGAUGGACUCGUGACGCGUUCGUAA